AUGACAAUAAUCACAAUGGACCAUGAUGCUGAGUUUCACUUGAAAACUGAAGACAGCAGCGAGGUGCAGCUGGAUCCUGGGGAGGCCGAGGAAAACGAAGAGCAGAAUAUCAUCUUUAGGCACAAUAUCCGUGUGCACACCCCCAAAGGGAACUGUGAAACUCUGGACCACGUUAAGGGCUUGCUUGAGAGGAUGGAAAAGUUGGAGAAAGAAGUGGCGGAGCUGAGAGAAGUCUGCAGCCCUCAAACAUGCUGUAGGGGAAGCCAAGGUGUCUCACAUUGCAGCAGCCAUGGGACAUUCCUCUAUGAGACUUGUAGCUGUAAGUGUGCUGAGGGCUGGGAAGGCAGUGACUGCUCCCACCCCACCUGCCCCAACCACUGCAGCGGCCACGGGCUUUGCGAUGGUGGAAAAUGCAUCUGCGAUGAGCCUUACUUCGGUGAAGACUGCAGCCAGCAGCUCUGCCCCGAGAACUGCAGCGGCAACGGGAUCUGUGACACGGCCAAAGGAGUGUGCCAGUGCUAUGAGGAGUUCAUCGGAGAGGACUGCAGUGAGAAACGAUGUCCUGGGGACUGCAGCGGCAAUGGGUUCUGUGACACAGGAGAGUGCUACUGCCAUGAUGGCUUCUUCGGUCUUGACUGCUCCCAGGUGCUUGCUCCUCAGAACCUGCAGCUGCUGAAUUCCACCGAGGACUCCUUGGCAGUCAGCUGGGAUCAAAUGAUUGAUGUGGAUAACUACCUCGUUAGCUAUUAUCCUGUGGGGUAUGAGACCUUGGUGAAACAAGUCCAAGUGCCCAAAGAGCAACUCAGCUAUGAGAUUGUGGGUCUCCGUCCCAGCACCGUGUACAACGUCACGCUUCGUCAUGUGAAGAAGGGGAUUGCCAGUGAGCCUGAGUUUCUAGAAGCGAGUACAGUCCCGUCUGCACUCAGUGACGUAUGGGUGAUGGAGGAGAUGGAGAACUCCCUGGAAGUGGAGUGGGAGAACCCCCCCACAGAUGUGGAUUAUUACAAGCUGAAAUUCAGAUCCCUGGUGGAGAUGGAUGAGAAGCAGGUCGUGGUGCCCAAAAGCAAUGACCCCAAGAGCAGACACAUCAUCACUGGCCUGAAACCUGGCACUGAGUACAAGAUCACUGUCAUACCUAUGAAGGAUGAUACAGAGGGGAAACCAUCCACAGUGAGUGGCAGGACUGGAAUUGAUAGCCCAACCAAUCUGAUAGCUGUCCGAGUGACAGAGGAUACAGCCACUCUCUCCUGGAAUAAAGUUCAGGCUCCCGUAGACAGAUACAUGGUGCGAUACACCUCAGUCGAUGGGGAUAUCAAGGAAAUAGAGGUGGGGAAUGAAAACAGCAACUUCACCUUACUGGAUCUGAAACCAGGCACAGAAUAUGUCAUCCACAUCUGGGCAGAGAAGGGAUCCCAGCAGAGCAAGAAGACAAGCACCAGAGCUGUGACAGAAAUAGACAGCCCAACUAAGCUGUUAACUCACCGAGUGACAGAAGAUGCAAUUAUUGUUUCCUGGAACAAAGUCCAGGCUCCAAUUGACAGAUACAGAGUGAACUACAGCUCAGCUGAUGGGGAUACAGAGGAGAGAGAGGUGGAGAAAGACAGGAAUGUCACUACCUUGGCAGGACUGAAGCCAGGCAUGGAAUAUGUCAUUUACAUCUGGGCAGAAAAAGGAGAGCAACAGAGCAAGAGGGCCAGCACUGAGGCUAUGACAGAAAUCGACAGCCCGGCUCACCUGGUCACUGAGCAAGUGACAGAAGAUACAGCCACCAUCUCCUGGGACAGGGUCCAGGCUGUCAUAGACAGGUACAUGGUGAACUACACCUCUGCUGAUGGUGACACAGAAGAGAUAGAAGUGGGGAAGGACAAGACUGCCACUACCCUGACAGGACUGAAACCUGGCACUGAAUAUGCCAUCUCCCUCUGGGCAGAGAAAGGAGCCUGGCAGAGCAAGAGCACCAGCACUGAGGCAGUGACAGAAAUAGAUAGCCCAAAGAACCUGGUGACUGACCGAGUGACAGAGGAUACUGCCACCAUCUCCUGGGAUAGCAUCCAAGCUCCCAUAGACAGGUAUGUGGUGAACUACACUUCUGCUGAUGGGGACACCAAGGAAGUAGAAGUGGAGAAGGGCGAGAGCAUCACUACACUGACAGGACUGAAGCCAGGCAUGAAGUACGUCAUCUGCCUCUGGGCAGAGCUGGGAAGCAAGGAGAGCAAGAGGGUGAGCACUGACGCACUGACAGAGAUUGAUCCUCCCAAGAACGUCCGUGUAUCAGAUGUGACUCAGUCUGCUGGUGUAGUUACUUGGACUCCUCCAGCAGCACAGAUUGAUGGCUAUACUUUGACCUACCAGGGGCUAGGUGGCAGCAUCAAGGAAGUGCAGCUGGGACCUAGUGACCAAAGGUUUGUGCUGGAAGGACUGGAGCAAGGAGUGAGGUAUACCGUCUCUGUGGCGGCCUAUAGGGAAGAUCGCCAGAGCAGAAAGGCAGGCAAUACCUUCUCAACAGUUAGCUUCCUCUACCCAUAUCCAGCAGACUGCAGCCAGGCACAGCAGAAUGGAAAUACCUCCAGCGGCAUGUACACCAUUUACCUGAAUGGAAAUGGAAGCAGACCAAUACAGGUGUACUGUGACAUGACCACUGAUGGAGGCGGAUGGAUAGUGUUUCAGAGGCGGAGCACUGGUGAGCUGGAUUUCUACAAACGCUGGAGGGAUUAUGUGGAAGGCUUUGGAGAUCCAACUGGUGAAUUUUGGCUUGGUCUUGACAAGCUACACAAUCUCACAAGCAGCAGCCCCAUCCAUUAUGAGCUCCGGGUGGAUUUGCGGACAUCCAGUGAAUCCGCCUAUGCUGUCUAUGACUUCUUCCAGGUUGCCUCAAGCAGGGAUAGAUACAGGCUGUCAGUGGGGAAUUACAGAGGAAAUGCUGGAGAUGCAAUGACCUAUCACCAUGGCUGGAAGUUCACAACGUGGGAUAGAGACAAUGAUGUGGCUCUCAGCAACUGUGCUCUGACACACCAUGGUGCAUGGUGGUACAAGAACUGCCACUUGGCCAACCUCAAUGGGAAAUACGGGGAGAGCAAGCACAGUGAGGGGGUUAACUGGGAGCCAUGGAAGGGCCAUGAAUUCUCCAUCCCUUUCACUGAGAUGAAGAUCCGUCCUCAAUCUUCUAGUAAUGAGCCAAUCCUGGGGAGGAGGAAGAGGUCUCUAGCAGGAAAGAAGAUGAUCGGGGCUUAAACUGACCUUUGUGCAGGACAAUGCUCAAAGAUGAUGAUUCGGUAUUUCUUAACCAAGUUAAGGUUUGGACAGCUUUCUCCAAUACACUGGAGGCGAUCACUGACCACCUUGCACCCAGAGAUCUCUGGAUGUGCAGCCCAGCCUGCUUCUAGUCUCUGGCACUCUAGAGACUGGGAGGGGGCUGAUGGGGAAUACUCAGCUUGCAGCUCCCCUGGUGGGCUGAGCUGGACAAGGAUCUGCCUGAUUCAGUGUACGCAACUCACCUUUAUGAACUUUUCAUAACAUGAGCUUUAACACGUUCCGUUGCUUCUCAAAAACCGCCCUGAUGACUCCUCUUAAUUCUGUCCUUCUCUGUCGCCAUCCACUGAAGCUUUAGGCUUCCAAAAACUAAGUUUGAUCUCACUGAACAAUAAAAAUUCCCUAAUGUAGACUGGGGAGAGCUUUCUCAGGUUGUUAAAAGCAAUAUUUUUAAGGCUAUAGCUUGAUGUGGUUUUCUUUCUGCCUUUCUGAUUUAAGCUUCCUUUUUCAGAAGACGGAAGGAGACCACCGAGUAUCACUCUGUUCAGAAUUGGCUUUGGGACACCUCUUCUUGAAGCUUGUACAGGGCUUUGGUUGUUGGUUUGCAGCUGCUAAGACAGGAGGCUUGAAUGCCCCUUCCAUUUAAAAUCUGAUGUAACAACCUGAGAACAUUUCUCUUUAGGUUAGUUUUUUCAUACCAGCUUUUCUUAUUUUGUUAAAUACUUUUGUUAAAUGCAUUACUUGCAUUUUCCACCUCUGAUGAAGAGACACUUACCUGCUUAAGAAAGGAAGGCCUAAUGUCUUUGGUGGUUUAACUCACCCCCAGAGCUGCUGUGAAAAACACCUUAUGACACAGAGGGCUCUUUUAGAGCCAGCUCCUUUAGUUGUGUAAAAAGCCAGAGUCCCCACAUAAUGCUCCCUUCAUUGACCUGAUCUUGGCUUUGACAGGAGGGGUGACUCCUGCUCUGCCUGGCUCUUGAAGAGUCCAGAGACUCUUCUUGCAUUGAGUAAGGAAAAGAUACAGGCAGUGCAGCUUUCAUCAUGUCCUGUGUGGAAUCGGUACCUGUGUCUUCUGGGAAGAAUUUGCUUCAAAGGUUACCCAGCCCCUCUCCCUCAUUUUGUCUCUGGAUAAAGUGGAGAUGAUGAUAUUCACCUGCUUUGCAAGGAAAUGCUGAGAAUUAAUAAGUAAAUGACUGUCAGAGCACCUUACAGCAGUACAGUGCCAAAUAAGAUUUGCUGUUCAUUCUCGACAGAGCCAUAAGUAUUGCUGGGAGGAAAUGUCUUUCAUUGUCCCCUUUCCCUCUCUUGAUCUGUGGUCGUCUUUUCCUUUUCCCUCAUCAUUUUAGGCAUAGCAUUCCCUACUUUUUCCUCCAGUCAGAGAGCUGGGUUUUGGGAAACAUCAGGCUGCUGGUAAGGCUCAUUAACCCGGGCUAAGCCUGGAUUCCUCAACCUCCAGUAUGACAUCUCUCCAGGUUGAAAUCCUGCUCUAUAUUUUGCUUUUCUCUUCUUGUCUGCCAGCCAAAAGACAUGCCUGAGGAGACAUGCAAUGAAUUAAUGUUCACAGCCCUAGCCAAGGCCUAGAACAGGGUGAGUGUAAGGCUGUGUUUCUUCAAGCUCUGCUCACCAUCCAAAACCUGCCUCUGCGUAAUGUGUGCUUACAAGGCCGCUUACAGGCCAUGAAGAGAAUUCUCUAUUCGACUGUCCCGCUGCCUUCUACUUUUUCAUUAGCAGUGUCAUAGCUAGUGAUGCUGAAAUGAUAAUGCUUGUCAUCCGGUCCUGAACAGCAUUUCGGAAUAAAUGAGUCCUGCGCGCUCUCCCUCAGGCUUUUAUUUCAGGCUGUCUGCAGAUUUAGGUGGGUUCCAGUGCAUGGUUUCACAUUUAGCUGCUUUCUUCCUCGCAGUCAUAAAGGUGAGUUUUACUUCCUUUCCAUGAGAAGAAAUUUAACUUUUGGACCAUCAGCCACAGCCAGGGAGGAAGUAUGAGCUUGCCAAAUGAUGCUUGCUGAAAGGCUUCCUUGUCUGAGCAGACUGGAACAUGGUUGUCCUAUGUCUUAAUGGCUUUUUUUAGUCCCAGUGCUAAACUGAAUAAUGCAUUUUAAAGAAUUCUCCCCACACUUUGGGGAAGCAGU